CACAUAAACAUUCACAUGACAACACGAGCACCCUAUUCGUAGCAUUGAGUUGAAAUAAUGGCAUCCGUGCUUGUCUGUUCAUAUAAAAUGCAUUUAUAUAGUAAUCGAAAUGUUCUCUUGUAAGAUUUUACAUAACAAUCGUGUAUUUUCGAUUUUUAAAUGAAAACAGUCUUUGAAGUUUUUGCAGGAAUGGCAUGUAACGAUGACUGGCAGGUAGCAGGGCGUCGUAAAGGCGCUUCCCGAAGAAUAAAACACCUCAAAACGGACUCUCGGCAGGUCUCUGAGUGUCAGGUGGAUAAACAAAGGACAAUAAACGCAAUGAACGAGCUGAGAGGAGAAGACUUCUGGCUGCAAUGGCGAGAUGUCCUGUCUGAGCAUCUUCUUUCCAGUGCUUCAGUGUCCUCAAAGAAGAAUGAAGACGUGUAUCUUAAGCACUGUGUGUGUUACGGUUUGGGCAAUUUUGCCUCCUGCAUAUCUGCCCGAUACCAGCUUGCAAUGUUGUUACUGCUUUUGGAGACACUCCAGAUUCCAGCGGGAAGUUGUUGUGUCUAUGACCCUGCGUUUUCUGUGUCGGAGUGCAAUGCUCUCAGAGAGCUCGGCUUCAAUGUGUUAACUGAAAAUGAGGUAGAAAUUCAUACAUGUGCUGUGGUGAAAAGGAACUGGAAUUUCGUAAUUUCUUUCAAAUGGUCUCUGUACACUCACCAGGAGGGGAAGCGAGCGGUGUCUCAACCGACCCUGUUCUACCUGAUGCAUUGUGGGAAAGCUCUGUACAACAACCUGCUGUGGAAAAACUGGUCGCCUCAGACUUUGCCAAACAUUGUUAUUAUAGGCAACAGUUUUCAUGGCAUUCAAGAGAGGAUGUUACAGAGAGAAUUUGAAAGAGAUUACAGCUUCUUAUCAUAUGUGAUCCGUGUGUGUGAGGAGACGUCUCUGGCCUGCUCGCAACGCUUUCUGGAUGUGUUUAAUGACACAGCGCUCGUUCAGUUCCCUCCAGAGAAUCUGAACAGACUAGGAGACUGUACAUGGACUGAGACUUCAGAGCCGCUGUACCAACACUGCAAAGAUCUCGAGAUCAUCCUGAGAGAGAAACACUGCUGAGGAAAAUUACCAAACGUGAAACACGAUGGUGUUAAUGUUUCAUUACAUUUUAUAUUUUCUUUAUAAUCAGUUUGGGAAAAUAAUGUUAAUUUCACAUUUUUUUACAUGGAAAUAAAACAUUUGAAAAGAAA